UAAAACUCGCGUCUACAUCGCGAGACUACAUCGAAAAUCUCGUUAGUUUUAUUCUCAAUGCUCGUUAUAGAAAGAACUGGUGCUCGCAAAGCAUUUUACAUUCCGAGUGCGUAAUUGCUAAUACUGCGACCUAUUUUUUGUGGUUGUUUACCUUUAUGAACAUGGAAACCCGUCGGCGUGUUGAUACCGGCACUCCUCCGGACAGAGCAGCGCAAGGAUCAAGCCUGAUGUCCGUAUGGUCGACCAGCACCGGACGAAAUUCAUUGUUUGGCGCGGAGAGCAGCGGAGCAGUGCUCCCCUCUUCGCACUUGCCGACCCACGUACACGUGGUGCACGAACACCUGCGCAACGCUGACGGCCACUGCUUUCACAAACCGUUCCACGAUCAUUGUCAGCAUCCAUUGGUUUUUUGUUACUACUGCGGGACUUUUGGCAAGUUCUCCCAUUGGCACCGACGUUGCCAUCGAUUUCUGUCGACGAUGUCGCAAGCGGGGGAUGGUCUUCACACACCUGGCUACUUGUCCUGGAGAAAACUGCAGCUGAGCCGCGCGAAGCUCAAGGCGUCCAGUAAAACGUCAGCUCUGCUCUCCGGUUUCGCUAUGGUCGCCAUGGUAGAGGUACAGCUGAAUCCCGAAACACGUGUUCCACCGGAGAUGCUGAUCGCCUUCGCCGUGUGCACAACUUUGCUCGUAGCCGUGCAUAUGCUGGCGCUGAUGAUAUCCACUUGUAUACUGCCGAAUAUCGAAGCCGUCUGCAAUCUGCAUAGCAUAAGCCUUGUGCACGAGUCGCCGCAUGAGCGUCUACAUUGGUACAUUGAGAUCGCAUGGGCCUUCUCCACGCUGCUAGGCCUCCUUCUGUUCCUGCUAGAGAUCGCGAUACUCUGCUGGGUGAAGUUCUAUGAUUUUUCGCAAGUCGCUGCCUGGUCGGCUUGCAUAGUGUUGAUACCAGUGCUGAUAAUCUUUCUUGCAUUCGCGAUACAUUUCUAUCGGAGUCUCGUUGCGCACAAGUACGAAGUCACAGUAUCCGGCAUACGAGAACUCGAGUUACUCAAGGAACAGAUCGAGUCCACGGAUGUGGAGGGCAGAAAUGGCGUGAAUCUUUUGCAGACCGGAGUAACGCAUAUCGUAUGAAUCGGUCUUCGCAAUUUUUCCUGCCGUCGAAAUUGGACUCGCGAAUUGAACGCGACAAAAAAGAAUUUCCGCUCCGCGGAACACAGCGUGAAAGAGAGAUAGAGACAAAGGGGCAGAGAUCUUUUCUAAGACAGCGUGUUGCGACGAGCGCUUGCGAUGUUUCUCGGAGGAUUCUUGCCAGGAAAGUCUUUUGAAUCAUUCGAAGAACAUGACAGACAAUUGUUUUCUUCACACACAACGCGCUACAGAUGUUGCGAAGAUUCGGUCAAAAGAGAUAAGGAUCUUCCUCUUCUUUUUUUAUAUGCGUGUUUCUCUGUGAUGUAAAUUAUUAUAAGCGCGAUGAGACUCCGCUCAUCUGUACGAUGCGCGCGUUACAAAAGCAUCGUGCCGACUUCAGGAAGGAUACGAAGUUCGAUAACAUCGUUGUAUAUGUAGAUACAAAAUACAUUCCUUCAUUCGCGUUGCGACUUAAAACGUAGAAAGAAUAGUAUACUUUAAGGCUAUUACCAGAUAACCUUCCGCGUGUUAUCGCCGUAUAGUGCAAAAGCGAUAAUAUAAUAGUCUGAAUUAUCGAGAGGUGACAUGACUAGCUACGUAUUCGAAUGUACUUAUCUUUCGAAAAAUGUGCUUAUUCGAGAAACUCGAUCGAUUUUUUUUUUAUAUUUAUUAAGUGUUGUAACGUUAUACUAGGCAGAUACAUUAUAUCUGACACGUUCUGCCAUCGCCGACACACGAAAGUCGAUAUUUUUUCUUAAAUAGACAGCAGUUCCGCUUAUCAUUUUUUAACGCGUCAAGUACAUCACUCUCGUGUAUUCAAAUAUUUUGACUGCCGUAAAAAGGAACGAAAUAUCAAAAAGCGGCGAUGUAGGUAUCAUCACGAUAUCACUCGAGAUAUUACAUUUCGAUGAAAAUUGAAAACGUUCACACAGCACAAAUCAUUCCAGUAACAUUGCAAACGUUCCAGCAAUAUUGCUGAAAACU